UUACAUCAUAAAAAAUUACUGACAAUGUUAGUGAAAUCAAUGUUGAGUCAAAUAGUGCUUGUUUUGAAUUUUAUUCAUUUGCAAACACAAUUUAUGGUAGCAGAAGCAUUCUCUACUAUCUUGAAAAGGCAAAUGUUAAUUUUCCACGAGCCACCGUUUGAGAAUAAUUUCAUAAGAUCUGAUCAAGUUAUUGAACACUACAUCACACAACGUUUGGACCACUUCAAUCAUCAAAAUAAUUUUACUUUCGAAAUGCGCUACUUAACAAACAAUAUUUGGUUCAAAAAGGGAGGACCAAUUUUUAUAAUGAUUGGUGGAGAGUGGAAAAUUAGUGCAGGGCAUAUUUUGCCCGGUCAACUCAUUUACGACAUGGCAAAGGAGAACAAUGGAUUAUUGCUUUAUAGUGAACAUCGAUUUUAUGGAAAAACUCAACCAACAGAUUCAACAUCAACUGAAAAUCUGAAGUAUUUAACUGUUGAACAGUCACUUGCUGAUUUAGCUAAUCUUAUAAGAGUAAUUACAUCCGAUAAAGCAAUGAAUGCAACUGGCGGCGUAAUUUUGGUAGGUGGCUCGUAUUCAGCAACAAUGGCAGUUUGGUUUAAGCAAAAAUACCCACAUUUGGUGAAAGGGGUGUGGGCUUCAAGUGCUCCACUCAAUGCAAAACUGAAUUAUUUCGAAUAUACUGAAACGGUUGGAAAAUCUAUUCGAAAAGUUGGAGGUGAAGAUUGCUAUAUUGUAAUUGAAGACAUAUUUGAAUCACUCGAGGGUCUACUUGAAAGUGAUGACUCUGAAUCAUUGACAAAUUUAUUCAAAAUUUGCAAUAAUUUUGACACAAAAAAUAUUCUGGACGUUUGGAAUUUUAUUUCUUCAGUAAAGAAUAUUUUUUCUGGAUUAGUUCAGGGAUAUAGACCUGGUUUAAUUGAACAUUAUUGCAAGUAUUUAUCCACAGAAAAUGCAAAUGCAACAAAUGACAUUGAAUCUCACGAACUUUUCCCAUUCGCACAAUUAUUCCAACGAACUUUUUUGACAGCAAAUGAAAAAUGUGUUUCAAUAAACUACGAAGAUGACAUCAAAGAAUUAAAAAAAGAUAAUACAUCAUUAGCUUAUGCAUUCAGGCCAUGGUUUUAUCAAACUUGUUCGCAAUUUGGAUGGUAUCAAACAACUGACUCGCAAAAACAUCCCUUCGGCACCAAAUCUCCCAUCGAAUUUUAUUUAAAACUGUGCCAGGAUCUAUUUAGUGAUGUAUUCAACGAUUUUACUUUUGAGGAAAACAUCAAUCAUACGAACUUAUUAUACGGUGCAUUAGAUCCAGCAGUGAGAAAUGUGUAUUUUUCACACGGUUCGCUUGAUCCUUGGCAUCCAAUGGGCGUUUUGAAUGAUCUUAACGAACAUUCGCCAAGCAUGGUUAUUCCAGGUUUAAUAUUUCACUCAGUAUUUCUCAUUGUCGAGAUUUGGGAUCCAUAAAUUAUCGCACAGACAAUUCGGCUCUGAUAAGUUCCAAAGUUCAAAUUGGAAAUUUAGUAAAAAGAUGGCUCAAAUUUUAAAAUUUGAAACUUUUAAAUUUUAAAAGUUUAAACUU